GCAUAUUCAGCGGGCAUUAAGCUGAUUUUAAAGCUUUUUUUUCCUUCUCAGAUCGUCGAUUUGAAGCAGCUGGGACAGACCUGGCUCCUCUCCGUGGGGAGCUCCUGUGGGAAGUUCAGUCCCGCGUUUCACUCGCCCACCUCAGCUCCUGCUCUUUGCCAAAACCAUGGGGUUUUCAGAGAAAUUUAGACCUGUUUGGGACUGAGGUUGAUGAAACUCCCUGAGCUUUCUCCCUGGCGUGUUUUUGGGGUGUUUUUUGGGGUGUUCCCCCACCCCUGGCCCCUGAGGAUGGGUUACUGCGCGGCCCUGUACUGCCGCAACGGCACCAGCGGCGCCUACAGGAACAGCUCAGUCAGUUUUUACUCCUUCCCCCUGCAAAACCAAGCCCUGCUGAGGCAGUGGCUCCAGAACAUGGGCAGGGACAUGGAAACGCCCUCCAAGUACCAGAGCCUGUGCUCGGAGCACUUCGAGGAGAGCUCCUUCGAGGCGCAGCCCGUGAAAACCCGCAAGAGGCGGCGCCUGCUGAAGGAGGCCGUGCCCAGCAAGUUCAUCCUGGCCCUGGAUGGCACCUGGCUCGUGGGCACCCCCCGGGCCGGCGGGGACGUGAUGGGCAACAAAAGCCGAAAAAGGGUCCGGAUUUCUGAGCCCUGCGGGAAAGCCUCCUUAUUCCUGGAGAAACCCCCCUUAUUCCUGGAGAAACCCGCCUAUUUCCUCAAGCAACUCUCCUUCUUCCUGAAAAAACUCUCCUGCUUCCUGAAAAAAAUAUCCUGCUUCCUGAAGAAACCAUCCUUCUUCAUGGAGAAUCUCUCCUGCUUCCUGGAGAAACUCUCCUGCUUCCUGGAGAAACUCUCCUACUUCCUGAAAAAACACUCCUUUUUCCUGGAGAAACCCAUCUGA